GACGAGUGAGUUCACAUAGUUAAGAACGCCGUACAAGGGUGAAAACGGCUAGGAAAACCGUCUUUCCGCUUUUAGCAACCAAAACCAAAACCUUCUCUGCUACUUCCGUCUAACAAAUUCAGUUUAUAACUGCAACUUUCUCGUUCUUUUCUUUUCAGCAACACUUUCGUUUUUUUUUUGAAUUAUUUCCAUUUCCAGAAUUUUGAAUUUUCACUGCGUCAACUUCAGAGCUGAGUUGCCCCUGUUUUGUUGAAUUCUAUGAGCAGAGGUUUCGUCUUGGUCGAGAAUUUUAAGAGCAGUUGCAUAUCCUGGCUUGGGCAUGGACUUAAAACUUACCAUUCUCAAAAAUCUGCUGUUGUGAUAUUACAACUUACAGACUUCGAGAGUGCUGGUGAAUAUGGAAGCGGCGUCUCAUGCAAAUUUUUACACAGAGGAACUCUAGCAUUGGUUAAAUUUUUCAAGAAGUUUGAUUUCCAACCCAAGUAUGGAAUACCCUUUUUCCUCCAAGGAAAGAGAAAUUGGGGAUUGGCAAUCUUUCGGAAAUCAGUUGGUGGGAUCAACAUCAUUAGAUAGCAGAAUGAGCAAUUCAAUAUCAGAGGAUAUGCCCAAUAGCUUCUCAGAGCUCAUGAACUUUGAUACUUAUGCUGGUCUGUGCACCAGCCCAUCCAUAUCUGAUCAGAUUUUAGCUAAUGAGCUUCCGUCCUUUGCUUCAUUACCAUAUUCAUUGCCUGAUGGAUUCAACCUAGUCCAACAGAACAAUGGGCAAUGCUAUAUGUCAGGAGUUGGUAGAAAUGACAACGAUAUGGAAAGCUCCCCCAUUUAUGGGGAGAAAGUUGCCUGUCAGCAAGUGGACACCCUUCUUGGUUUCUUAAAUGAUGCAAAUGAAGCAAAUAACUUGAAUUCUAAGCUAAAAAUUAUUGGCUCUUCUCAACAUCUGAAUAACUCUGAUGCAGGAAAUUAUAUAAUGUCCAGGCCACCUGCUUUAUCACUUGAUGAGAGAAUGCUGAGGGCUUUGUCCUUCUUUAAGGAAUCAGCUGGAGGGGGAAUAUUGGCACAAGUUUGGGUACCCAUAAAGAAUGGCGAUCAAUUCAUCUUAAGCACGAGUGAACAACCUUAUUUGCUAGAUCAAAUGCUAGCAGGGUACCGCGAAGUGUCCAGGACAUUUACAUUUCCAGCAGAAGGAAAAUCUGGUUGUUUCUUAGGACUUCCUGGUCGUGUAUUUACCUCCAAAGUUCAUGAGUGGACGUCAGAUGUUGGUUAUUACAGUAUGAAUGAGUACUUAAGGUUCGAGCAUGCAAUUAAUCACCAUGUUCGUGGAUCAAUUGCAUUUCCCAUUUUUGAAAUGCACUCGGAAUUGUUGUGUUGUGCUGUACUGGAAAUUGUCACUACAAAGGAAAAGCCAGAUUUCAACAGAGAAUUUGAAAUUGUUUGCCGUGCACUCCAGCUUGUAAAUUUAAGCACUGCCAAGCCUCUUCGAUGUCUUCCCCAGUGUCUUUCAAACAACAAAAAGGCUACUUUGACCGAGAUAGUUGAUGUGUUACGUUCUGUCUGUCAUGCACAUAGAUUACCACUGGCACUGACAUGGCUUCCCUGUUGUUACACUGAGGGGUCAAGAGGUGAAGUUACUAGGAUACGAACUAAAGGGUGCCAUUCAACUAUUAGUGGAAAAAACAUACUCUGCCUUGAAGAAUCUGCUUGCUAUAUAACUGAUAGAGCACUGGCAGGAUUUGUCCGUGCAUGCACAGAACAUCAUAUUGAGGAAGGGAAAGGUAUAGCUGGGAAAGCUCUUCGAUCAAAUCAUCCUUUCUUUUGUCCUGAUGUGAAGGCAUAUGAUAUUAGUGAAUAUCCACUUGUCCAUCAUGCACGCAAGUAUAAUUUGAAUGCUGCAGUUGCAAUUAGGCUAAGGAGUACUUAUACUAAUCAUGAUGAUUACAUAUUGGAAUUCUUUCUGCCUGUUAACAUGAGAGGGGGUUUAGAGCAGCAACUUUUAUUAGACAACCUCUCAGGUACAAUGCAGAGAAUUUGUAGUAGUUUGAGGACGGUGUCAGAUGCUGAAUUAUCAAGAAUAGAUAGUUCACAACAAGGAUUUGAAAUGAAAAAUGCCCCCUAUUUUCCUCCUUUGUCAUGUCAAAACUCUGGAGUACCAUUAAUAAAUGGUGACUAUCAUUCUGUUCCAAUGAUGCCAUCGACGCCAACAAACGCAGGAGGCAAUGAAAUUGAGCCUUCUGCUAAUCAGGGAAGAAAUGGAGCAAAAAGACAGGUCCAGAAAAAUAGAAGUACAUCAGAGAAGAAUGUUAGCUUGAGUGUUCUCCAACAAUACUUUUCUGGUAGUCUGAAGGAUGCUGCAAAAAACAUCGGUGUUUGCCCGACAACUCUGAAAAGGAUAUGUAGGCAACAUGGAAUUUCAAGAUGGCCAUCCCGCAAGAUUAAUAAAGUGAAUCGAUCACUGAAGAAGAUACAGACUGUGCUGGACUCUGUCCGAGGAGUGGAGGGAGGGUUGAAGUUUGAUCCCUCUAUGGGGGCAUUCGUGGCAAGAGGUUCAAUCAUCCAGGAAACUGAUGCACAUAAAAGUCUUCUGUUUCCUGAGAAAAAUAUUAUAAAAGACCCUGCACAUAUUACACAAGAAGCAGUCCCGGUACCUCGUGCACCUUGUAAUGAAGUUGAGAAUUUUUCAUUUAAGUUGGAGGAAGAAUUGAAGAAAACCAACUCUUUUUCCGUUGGUUGUUGUGAAGAUUCAAAAUCAAUGGCAAUUGACGAUGGGUCAUGCGAAAUGGAAAGCCUUUGCACCAAGUUGCAGGAUUGUCCUGAACAAGCUUGUUUGGGCUCUGUUCUUCCAAAAGAACAGGAGAAAUGGACUCGGAACAAGAGUGGUUUGAGAGUAGAAAACUUUAAAUGCAGUAUUCUUGGUCAGAGUUCAAAUUCCUUGAUUGGUAAGGAGAUGGAUAUUGGUGUAGAUGGGGAUGCUGAGGUUGUUGAACCUAACCACCCCAGUUCCUCAAGCUUGACAGACUCAUCUAAUGACUCUGGUUCAAUGAUGCAUAGCAUUUCAUCAGGUUCUGAGAGCUUCAAGAACCAUAAUCAGUCCAAAGUUAAGUCAACCAUCGUUGACAGUGGAUCAAAACUAAUUGUCAAAGCUAUCUAUAGAGAAGACACCAUUCGUUUCAAGUUCGACCGAUCUGCUGGUUGUUUCAGGUUAUAUGAAGAAGUUGCAGCAAGAUUCAAACUACAAACUGGGUCGUUCCAACUCAAAUAUCUAGAUGAUGAAGAGGAAUGGGUGAUGUUGGUGAGCGAUGCUGAUUUGCAAGAGUGUCUAGACAUAUUGGAUGAUAUUGGUACAUGCAGUGUCAGGUUUCUUGUUCGUGAUUUGCCUUCCAUUUUAACCAGUUCUGGCAGUAGUAAUAGCUACUUGGGAGGCAGCUCAUAGAUGUUGUUGGCGACUUCAGUGUAAAGUUCGAGUCUCACUUUGACAAGGAGAUAUUAGUUUUUCGGAAUCUUCUAAAGGUUCUGCAUCUUGAGAAGUUUGAAUAUUAUCCACAAGCCACCUACGCCAAGUGCAAAGCUUUAAUCAUCCAAACCUAGUGCAUUGCCAAAUUAUCAUUUCUGAAUAGCUUUUUGGAAGAUAGAAAGGUGCGGUUCAUUGGAAGUAUUGCGUGUUAAAUACAUUGUUCUGUACAUAUCGAACACAUAGCAGCAGAAUAGAAAUUCGUAGUGGUAGUAGCAGUAGUCAGGAUUGAGGUAAACAGUAAUGCUGUGAUCGCACUCUGUUAUUGUAAAUAGAUAGUAUCUGGAUAGAUUGAUUGAUUCCCCAUGACAUAAUAUAGCUAAAAUAUGGUUGUAUGGACAAAAGAGGACAAAUCCGAGUUACGUGGCUACAACGACAACUAAUUCAGUAUUGCCCCAAGGCGAUUAUAAAAAUUAUUGUAGAUUUGGGUGAUUGCAUCUUUUUUGACUUCAAAUGACAAAGACGAAUAACAUCACCCUCUUGUGAUUUAAUUGAUAAGGAAUUUGUUCUAGUUCGAAGCGACAAUUCUGCUCUGCAUUGGCUUUGGAAAAUUUGGUUUUCUAUCUGAAAGAUUUGAUUAACUUUGUCUCUAUCAGUAAGUAUACUACUACAUAAAAAUAUUCUUCCAUGUGAAUGAACAUUGACAUACCGUAUUCAAAUACUAACUUGUGUGCAGAAUGUUGUACUUACUGUUGAGUUUAAAUGGGAUUUGUCUCCUUGACAUUUACUUUUUCAUUGGAUGUUCAAGCGGUUCUUUAAUCAAAAGAAGACCAAACUUUAAUAUUGCUUCAAAUUACAUAUGAUGAAGAACCGACGAUUGCACCUGAAAAAUGUCUGAAUCAGCAUUUAGUAAAAUAUAAGCGCUUCCUAUGUUGGUUUCUUGUGCCACUCAGCAUAGCCUUUCUUAUAAUAGGCCAAUCUGGUGCUGUUAUCCCUGGAAGGUUUUACAAUGAUCAGGGUGAAAAUAGCAAAUGGAUGGCUACUCAAGUUCAAACUGCUGCCUUCCAAAUCAUGUCCGUUCCUUCGCUUUCAGAGGCUUCAACUUCUGUAAUGUUUUGUUCUGGGAGUCUCAAUUGCUGCUGAUUGUAUGAUGUACUCCACUGAACUCUUAUACGUCUCGGCUUCUACGUAAUUCCUGAUUUGUGCAUUUUAAUGUAGUUUUCUCAUGUUUUAUCAUUGCCCAAAAAGUUCACAGAUUUGAUUAUAAACUCUACAGUGGUUCUGACGUUGUCUGCUUUUCUCCUUGCUGUCGAAUGAACCUUCCAAGGGAAAAAGUACGUGAUUGAUUUCUAUGUAACCUUGGAGAUUCUGCAUUGUAUUAUGCUGCCCUUUGAGAUGAUUCUAAAGAAGUAAACGUUUUUUUGUUGUUUUCGGAAAUGCAAAUCUUCACAUCACUUGUUGCCACUGCUGCUUCUAUCUAUCAUAUCCUAGGCCUUUUUUCAAGUAGUGGCGUACUUUGCAUGGAGGAAUGAAGAGUUUUGGGAAAGGACAAGUUGCUCAUGUAACGACUGGUUUAGACAGCAGUAGCAAGGCAUAUAUGCUCUGUUGGUGAUGAUGUUGGCUUGAUCUUCCCAAUGUCGUCUCUCUACUCCAAUAAGGGCUGUUUAUUUAGCUGUAUCUCGCUGCUGUUGUUUUAGGGUUCAUGAUAUGAUGGAAUCAAGAUAAUUUUCUUUGUUUGAGGUUAAGUCUGAGAAUGAUACUGCUUGUUGAGAAUAUUCCGUAUCAUACCUAUCCUGAAGUACCGUUUUUCUUUCUGAUAAAUAAGUUUUUUAUACCUUCAAAGUAAA